CCUGCAGACCGUGGCACAGCGUGCAGCCUGCUGCUGAGACCCCGAGAGGAACUGAAGUACAAAAAUGAAAAAGAAGACAAUAGUUGUGGCACUGACAAUACUGCUGCUGGCAGCAGCUGCUACUUUUGUGGGCGUCUACUUUGGUGUGGGGAGAAGGGAGACAAAAAGUGAGAGGGGGUACUCUAAGGCAGCUGUGGCAGCAGACGCUGGACCAUGUUCAGAGAUUGGCAGGGACAUGCUGAUGAGAGGGGGCUCUGCAGUAGAUGCUGCUAUAGCUGCUUUUUUGUGUGUUGGACUGAUGAAUGCUCAUAGUAUGGGCAUCGGAGGAGGACUUUUCUUCACCAUCUAUAAUGCAAAGACUGGGAGAGUUGAGAUCAUUGAUGCCAGGGAGACGGCACCACGCAACGCAACAGAAAACAUGUUUGGGAACAGUACAGAUCUAUCCCAGAAAGGAGGAUUGGCGAUUGCUGUGCCAGGGGAGAUUCGAGGUUACCAGAUGGCACACCAGCGACAUGGAAAACUGCCUUGGAAAGACUUGUUUAUGCCAAGCAUUGAACUUGCAGAGAAAGGAUUUCCUUUGGGAAAGGCACUUGCCUCAGCUUUGUCUAGUAAAAAGCAAACCAUCAUGGAGGACCCAACCUUGUGUCAAGUUUUUUGCGGGGAGAAAAGCGACGUCCUAAAAGAAAAUGAAACUGUUAAAUUUACCAAGCUCGCGGAAACCUAUAGGAAAAUAGCCGAAGAGGGUCCUGAUGCUUUUUACAAGGGAGAAUUGGCUCAGAAGCUUGUGGCAGAUAUCCAGGCAGCAGGCGGCAUCAUCACAAUGGAGGAUCUGCAGGAUUAUACGCCUGUCUUGGAUGAGAACCCUUUAAGGGUGAACGUGGGGGAGUACACCAUGGUUGUUCCCAAUGCCCCCGCUAGCGGCCCUGUGCUCUCGCUGAUAUUAAACAUCUUGAAUGGCUACAACUUCACCUCAGAUAGCGUGGCAAGCACUGAGAAAAAGAUCCUAACCUACCACCGCAUGGUGGAGGCCUAUCGUUUCGCUUACGCAAAGAGAACCAUGCUCGGAGAUCGGAACUUUCUCAACAUCACAGAUCUCAUCCAGAAUAUGACUUCACAAUUGUAUGCGGAUGCCCUCCGUCAAAAGAUUACCGAUGAAACCACACAUCACAUGAACUACUACGAGCCAGAGUUUUAUCUGCCUGAAAACUACGGGACCUCGCACCUCUCGGUAGUAGCUGAAGAUGGAAGUGCUGUGGCUGCCACCAGCACUAUCAACACAUAUUUGGGCUCCAAAGUUAUGUCAGCAUCAACAGGGAUCAUUCUCAACAAUGAGAUGGACGACUUCAGCUCGCCUGAUAUCACAAACAGCUACGGUGUGCCUCCUUCACCAAACAACUUCAUCAGGCCAGGGAAACGGCCAAUGUCUUCGAUGUGUCCAACAAUCCUUUUUGACAAAAGCAACAAAGUGAAGAUGGUGGUCGGAGGUUCAGGAGGAACAAAAAUCACCACCUCUGUUGCUCAGGUGAUUCUAAACACCCUGUUCUUCAACUAUGAUCUGAAAGAAGCUGUGUUAGAUCCAAGGGUCCACAACCAGCUGAGUCCUAACAUCACUGUAGUGGAGCCUGGCUUUGACAAAGAUGUCCUGGAUGGUUUGGCAAGGAAGAACCAUGAGACAGAACUCCUCACAUCGAUGGGAGCCGUGGUGCAGGCAGUACUGUGUCACGAUGACAAGGUGUAUGCUCAGUCCGAUCCUCGCAAGGGGGGGUAUGCAGCAGGAUACUGAAGUUAUAAACACACCUAUGAUUAUGGAGAGAUACUGUAGUUUUGUGAACCUUGACACCAGUGGGACAACCUCAAAGAUUAGAAAGUUGAUAAAGAUUUGUCUUGGCACCAGUUGUUUUGUACUGAUUGUACAAAACAACUAGUACCAGCUGUACAAGCCUUUAACCAGUACAAGCUAUACUUUAACACUGAGUGCCUUGGCUGAGUCUUCUUAACUUCACAUCAUUCUAAUGAUCACAUCCAUCUAGUGAAUAAAAUCUUUUUAAAAAGAUAUCUUUUGUUAUGUACUUUUAAAUUAAAGAAAUUUAAAUAGUAAAAACAAACAAAACUGUUCAGACACUGAGUGCCUAUGAUUUAAUUUAUUUA